UCUGCACUUUCAAAGGCUGAGGGUGCAGCUCGCCUCGCUGCCGCACACAACUCACCUUUUAUGUUAUCUUCUCUCUUCAAUUCCCUUCCUCCGCCACCACCCACUCUUCUCUAUCUUGUACCGAUGUGCGUAUUACGAACAUUAACAUCCUUCUAAUCCUUGAAGCUCACAAUUUUUGAAGCUAGAAACCAAUAUUGGCGCGAAAAAGUUAAGAAAUACUCUGGUACUUUCAAAGUUGUAAUAUUUUUCAUGCAAUCCACUUUAUAUUCACCUACCAAUUCUCGCCAAUGCCAUUUCCCAUGGAAAUCCCAAGAAUUUCAUCUUGUAUCCAGGAAACCUAUUUCGAGGAAGCUCAAAUUAUUGUCACCGAAAACCAUAACCCUUACCUGUUCACUUAGAACCUCCAUUAAUUAUGGGCCCGAAGAAGGUCUAAAUGAGGGACCUAAACAACUACCUAUCUUGCCGGCGCGUCUACCGGUGGUACUUAGGCAGUCCGGUCGAGUCUCCAGGUAUAUGUGGGAUGGUAGUAAUUUGACGUUGGUGAGUGUUGAUGGUGGUGUGACGUCGUUUUCUCUUGAUUUUGAAGAUGGGUUUCGUAAUUUGCUUCGGGUUUCUAGUUUGGCUGUUAGGAAUUUCUUCAUUCCUAAGCAAGUACCUGAGAAUUAUAUGGAUUAUGUGAAAUGGAAAUUCUUGCACCGCGUUUUUAGCUCUGCGUUACAGGUUCUUGCUACUCAGGCCAUGUUUCGGGCUAUAGGGGUUGGGUAUUCUCGUUCCCUCCCUUCAGCAGCUGCUCUUAACUGGGUCUUAAAGGAUGGGCUCGGACGGCUGAGUAGGUGUAUCUAUACUGCUAGCUUGGCAUCUGCCUUUGAUACCAAUUUGAAGAGAGUUAGGUUCUCAACAUCUGUUCUCUUCAGUUUGAGCAUUGGAGUGGAGCUUCUGACUCCUGCAUUUCCUCAGCACUUCUUACUUCUUGCAACUAUAGCCAACAUUGCGAAACAAAUAAGCCUUGCUUGUUACUUGGCAACUGGUUCUGCUGUUCAUCGAAGCUUUGCAGUAGCAGAUAACCUUGGUGAAUUUUCAGCAAAAGCACAGAUACAAACAGUAUGCUUUGAUAACCUCGGCCUCAUGCUUGCUGCACUUUUGAAUAUGCUGUUCAAGAACAACCAAAGGUUGCUUGCAGGUUUGCCAUUUAUUGUUUACCCCAUUUUCUCAGCUAUAGACCUUUUUGGAAUAUAUCAAGGACUCAAGCAUGUUCAUCUACAAACAUUAACUAAGGAUAGGCUUGAAAUUAUAUUAAAUUCAUGGAUUGAGUUGGGGCAUGUGCCUUCACCUGCAGAAGUGAGUAAAAAGGAAGGAAUUGAUUUUCUCCGGAGCAAAGGCAAAGAAAUGUGGCCCAUUAGAAUAGGGAGCUUAAGCACCAAGGAUCAAAUGCCUGAGUUGUCAAUGAUGGCAAUGCAGUCUUUAAGUGGUGAGGAUUACUACUUCAUAUGCAUGGAGAACUAUUACAUAGGUCCGGCAAGAGCUAAACAACAAGGUAUAGUUCUAUGUCUACGCGAGGGGGCUGGCACUGCUGAAAUUAUGAUGGGAUUGUUGCAGGCCUGCUACGUUCGAAAGGCCCUGCUUUUGAAGUGGGAAACCAUCUUUGAGGCUAGUGAUCCUGCGGACACGGUUCUGGAAUGGACUAAACUGAUUGAGGAUAGCAAGCGAUCAGCAGAAAGGAAUUUAUCUCCAUUAGAUGAUCAAAUGUCAAAAUUGGGCUGGGCUGUAAAGAACAUAUUGCUGAGUGCAGAGGAGCAGGCUAGGUACAGCUUUGUAGAUGAUUGAGCAAUCAAACAUCCGGGUAUACUCCUAUAAAAUUAUAGGCGGCUCUUCCUUAGACCAGUGGGGAGUUUUGGGGAUCAGUUUUCCGAAAUAAGUAAAAGAAAAAAAAAUAAACACCUGUAAUCUUAUCUUAUUUGUUUUUUGUUGUAUGAUUGUAUCAUAUUACUAUUCAGCAAAAGAAAGAUGAAUCCAGUAUAUAAAAUAUUCCAGAUCAAAUAA